AUGCCCUCAGAACCAAAACGAAACCUCAUUGUAGUCUCGAACCGGCUACCUCUCUCCGUCAAACGCAGCGAAGAUGGCUCCUACCACUCCAGCAUGUCCAGCGGCGGACUAGUCACUUCAUUAUCUGGAUUGACCAAGACGGCUGAAUUUCGAUGGUUUGGAUGGCCGGGGAUGAGCCCCAAGGAGCCUGACGAGCAAGAAGAGAUUCGACGCAGCUUGGGGGCGCAUAAUGCGAUUCCGGUGUUUUUGGAUGAGGAGUUGGCGUAUAAGCAUUAUAACGGGUUUUCUAAUCAAAUCCUCUGGCCGAUUCUGCACUACCAAUCUGGAGUGACGUAUGACGAAGAGGCAUGGGAGGCAUACAAAAAAGUCAACGAAAUCUUUGCAGACUACAUAGCAGACGCCGCGCAGGAAGAAGAUCUGAUUUGGGUACACGACUAUCAUUUGAUGUUACUACCGAAGUUGUUGAGAGAACGAAUGGCCAAGAAGAAACGACAAGCUUGUAUUGGAUUCUCGCUACAUACCCCCUUUCCGCCAUCGGAAUCUCUGAAAGUCUUGCCGGUAGCAAAGGAUAUUCUGCAGGGGACGUUGUCAAGCACGCUGGUUGGAUUUCAUACGGAUGACUACAGGAAGAAUUUCACCGAGAGCUGUGAAUACUUAUUAAACGCACGAUCCCAAGACAGCGCAAUCCUAUACAAAGACCGCCUUGUCAAAACAGGCCGUUUCACAGUCGGCAUCGACCCGGACAAAUUCAACGAAACGCUUAAACAAGAUGAAGUUCAAUCACGCAUCCACGAUUUGAACGAACGAUACAAAGACGUCCAAGUGAUUGUUGGCGUUGAUCGAUUGGAUUACAUCAAGGGCCUGACGCAGAAAUUGCAUGGAUUCGAGCAGUUCUUGACUGACUACCCGAAAUGGCAGGGGAAAGUUAUCCUGAUCCAAGUUGCGGUGCCGAGUCGAGAAGAUGUCAAGGAGUACCAGGACUUAGAGACGGCGAUUAGCUGUCAAGUUGGAAAGAUUAACGGAAAGUUCAGCAAACCCGAAUAUUCACCAAUCAUCUAUCUUCACCGCUCUAUCCCUUUCACUGAACUCACAGCCCUGUACUCAAUUGCAGAUAUGUGUCUCUUGACAUCAAGUCGCGACGGUAUGAACCUCGUCGCAUUCGAGUAUAUCGCCUGUCAAGAACAGCGAAAUGGCGUCCUGGCACUAUCCGAGUUUGCGGGUGCAUCUGUCUUUAUGGCUGAUGGCACGGUACAGUUUCAUCCUACGAAUAUCAAGGAGAUGGCACAGUGCAUCCACAAGGGGUUGACUAUGUCGAAGGAGGAGAGGAAGGUGAGGUAUGAUAAGCUUAAGAAGUUUGUGCAUAUGAAUACUAGCGCGAAAUGGGGUCAGUCGUUCGUUACGGAGUUGUCGAAGCGUCAUGUAUAG